UCAGUAGCCGUGAUUCGGUCGGCACGUUAUCAGACCAAUUGAAUCGAUAUUCAAAGUUCAUGCCAUAUAUUUGUUCAGUUGAAUUUUGGCAUCGCUGACGCCUUCAUUUCCUAGUUUUUGUACGUGCAAAGCGCAUCAAUUGUUUACAAAAGUUUAGAAAUAUACAGAAUUAUCGUGUACGUUUCUACUGUUUUAUUAUAAUUUUCAAAUAUACCUCUUUUGAAAUAUAAAAUGAGUGAGCAACUUUCAAACAUUAUUUGUAAAGGGGAAUUGGAAAUUGUCAAAAUCACUGAGAACCUGUACGAUGAAGCUGUUAAGCUAUUCACCGAAAAUUUCAUCCAAAAAGAAAAUAUCUCUUUAGCUACCAGAUUAUUGAAUUCGCCUCAAGCAGUUAAAGAGUUACAGUGCAUGUGCAGAGCGAUGCUUCAGGAGAACACUUCGUUCGCUACGCGCAACAUCAGCAACGGGGAGUUAGCAGCCAUCGCCGUCACUCACCUAAUGUCUUCGCUACCAGAGAACGCAACACUAGGCGAUGUAAUGAAUAGUAUGCAAUCACCGGAAAUGAAAUGUAUCAGUGAAUUUCUGCAAGCCGUCGAAACCAGCGCUGAUGUCUAUAAAGCGUUUCAAAUCGACUGUGUCCUGGAGAUUGUCUUCCUCUCAACCAGCGCCAAUUACCUAAAACGUGGUCUGGCGAGCACUUUAUCUGAGUACUCCAUUAAUUAUGCGCGUCAUUUACUACAGGGAACGGUGCCAGAGGUGGACCUACCAGCGCCGCAAGUGCGCGCACUUAAACCUCGGGCAGUCUGUUCGGUGUUCACAUCACUUUACACGCAACGCAUUGGUCGCAAGUUGAACUUUGAGAUCUUAAAAAAAUUGUCUUUCACGGAAUUUUCAUUUCGGGGGCAGACAUUUGCUGAACGCAUAGAUCCCAUACAUGAAUUUGUAACAUUUGAGGCAUUGCGGUUAUAAGUGAAUGAGGAAUGUGAAAGGGGAGUAGAGAGUGGUUGAAAAUACAUGCAUAAGUUGAUAAAUGUAUAGAAUUGCUAAAACGUGGUUACAAAUAAUUUAGUUUCAGGGCUUCAUGGGCUCGAAAAUAUUUUUGCCAGGCAAACACGAAAAAAAAUUUUUUUUGAACGGUCGCACGUAGGGGUUGCUUUUUACAUUUGUCGUUAUAUCCGAGGACGUUGUGAGUAAUUCAGAGGCAUUGAAUACACUAAACAAAAUUUUAUCUCCUAUUUUAUUUCGGCCUUGGACUGCCCCAUGGUUUAAAACCCCAACAAUUAUAACCCUACGUUUGUUGUACAUAAGACCCGAAUUGAUGUAAAUUUCACCAAAAAUAAAACGCAAAUGUAUUCUGUAUCGGAAA